AUGCCGACUAUUACCGUCACCCAAGCAGGUGCUAUUCAUACUGAAUUCUCGCCUGUCGAUGCUCUAUCGCCUGGUGGAUCUUCCCGGUUGGCGCCGCCUGCUUUCCAGCUGCAAAAUCCUCUGUUGCCGCCGAACUUGAAAGGGGAUAAAUUCGCGAAGAUAGGGAAAGGCUCGAAGAUGGGGAAACGCUCGCAGAUGGAGAAAGUUCGGAAAAUCGAGAAGGAAGUCGAUCCUGCAACUGCAGCAAGCUUGCCCUCGCCGAGUACGAUUCCUGGCAUGCUCCAGCUUCCAGGUUCUGUUCCGGUAUCAUUGACUCCGACUGUGGAGUACAACAUGGGGCUCGGAAGGCAUGCGAACGCCACAAACCAGCCCUACCAGACGGAAGAUGGAUACGUGGCCUGUCCCUCCGGAAUCAGAUUCAAGGACUGCAGGGAAGGCAGCGGGGUUGCUGUGGUGAAAGGAAACGUGGUCAAGUUGUUGUACGUUGGUAUGUUGAUGGAUCAGACCAUAUUUGACUCGAAUGAAGGCAAGGUACCUCUUCAGUUCACAGUUGGUGCAGGUCAAAUUAUGGCUGGGGUUGACGAGGGCAUCCUUGGUAUGAAGGUUACUGGACAACGCCUCAUCUUGAUCCCCUCUGUGCUAGCUUUCGGUGCUCAAGGAAACGCGAAGGUACCGCCUAAUGCGGAUGUAGCAUUUCGUGCAUACGGCGAGCGUGUCAUACGAGGUGUUAAGCUAGCCUGGCUGUGGGGAGGUCAUAUGAGCUGCAACUACCCCCACCAAGACGAGAUCAAAGUGAUCAUCGGAGAACUGAGGCAUCAGGCGGCGGACUUGCAGAAGUUACGCGAGCUGCUCAUUCGCCUGAUUCGGUCUUCCCGUGGUUAUAUGGACGUCAUUCGUAAAGCCGUGGAGUCUUGCGCAGAACGAGUCAAUUGUGAUGAUGGGCAUAGCAAGGUUGUGUACGAGUUGGUCUACAAAUUACGCCAUACCGAGGAGAGUCUGCGACGUCUGGAUUGGAAGAUUACGGAGCUAGAAGCUCUCCUCGCGCCUAUGCAGUGUCUUCCCGACGCGCUGCUACUAGCCAUCUUCAAGGCAGGUUGCAGGCAACGACGUCCACAGCCGGACGUAUGGUCACCUUUUCCUAUGCUCGUUGCCUCCGUGUCGCGUCGCUGGAGAAAUCUCUCUCUUACCACACCCACCCUUUGGACGAACCUGCAUAUUUCCAUGGAGGGACCCCGCCAUUGGGCGAGUCUUGCACUCACACGAUCUGCAAUGCAUCUGCUGGAUAUCACUAUCGACGGUCGUGGAGAAUGCCCUAGUCGAUUAGACGAGAUUGCGACAUAUGGACACGCAGAGGCGCCUCGCUGCACGCCGACAAUAAUUUCAUGCUUGAACCUGCUGGUACCGCACAGCAAUCGCUGGCGCAAAUUCAUUAUCAUAAGCCAUCAUUCCAUCGACAUCAGAGUAGUAGGCGAAAUCAUAAAGAACGUGCAAUCGCCUUUCCUCGAGCAUCUCCGACUGUCUCUCACCGGCAGCGGUCCCGCGGAUAACCAAGAGGUUCCCCUUCCUGCUAUCCUCGGAGGGGGGGCGCCCAUGCUCUCUUCAGUGCGCUUGGACAGCGUCUCCCUCCCAUGGGGAUCUAUGCCCCUAUCUGGUCUGUCAACGAUCGACAUUCGCUGGAUGUGGGAUCAAACCAAGCUGAUGUAUCCCCAGUUCCGUGACCUCUUGCAAGAUUCGCCUGCGCUAGAGCAGCUCAUCCUGCGAGGCAGGCAUGUCGAGCUCCACCCCAACUCGACGUAUGAGUCUAUCCACGUACCCUCGCUCCGCUACCUGGAAUUGUCGGGCGAUAACAUCUGCCGCUUGUCCUCGAUCCUCAUCACACCCGAACUUGAGACGCUGGCGCUCGUGAAUGUGGAUGAAAGCGAGUUCCGCGAGUUCGUCGGCUGGUUGUUGUCAGUCGAGAUCCGCUACUCUGCAUUGCGGUUCCUCGUCUUCGUCAAUGUCACUACCUGUGGCCUGCCGUCAGGGUUCACGGAGGCGUUCCCCAACAUCGUACAGCUCACGAUCAUCAAUUCGCAUGCUAAUCAUUUUAUUGAGCUCAUGCUGAGGACACAUGGAAGCAUGUGCCCUGACCCGGACAAGGGCAUCUGGCCAUUGUUGAACACGAUUGCGCUGAUAGCCGAUGAUGUAAAUUAUGACAGACUCCGUCAGAUGCUCCUCAAGCGGACUGCACAGCAGUUACCAGUGCAGCGUUUGGUUUUGAAUGGGAUCUACACAUACAACCACCAAUAUGUGUCCCCGCUGAUGGAUUUGGUGAAAGUUAAUGGCAUCUCUGCACUUGAAGGAGAUUUGUAG